AGCUAUUGGUUCCAGUGCCGUCGGCGCGUUCUUACCCUGCACGCAGGGUGCAGGUGCAUGUGGCCUGGUUUGCACGUACCCACGCUCGCCCGAGCUAAUGGCCACACAGAGGAGCCAAGGCGGGAGCAGAGGCCACCAGAAAGCGCCCAUGGUGCUUGGAAGGAGGAGUAUAUGAAUGACCUAGACUCUUUGCUAAGAGUUUCCGCUGGUGGGACGCGGGACUACAUCAUUCCCGCAAAGUGCCUAGACCAGUUGCCAUCUAGAAGUUCAAGCCGGAGUAGCGUGCGAGAAUUGCUGCAGAAACAUGCUAUCGCCAGCAUACCAGGCUCUGGGCUGAACCAUAUUGACAGAUGCAAUGGCUUCGGCAAGAUACCCGUCUGCAUGGCCGGCGAGGGCCUAGAAGAGAUUGCCAAGAAGUGUGAAGACAGCGGGCUCAAGCCAGAAGUCUUGUGCUCAAAGGAAGGGUGCAAGUUCUUUGAGGGAAGCCGAGAGAACAACCCCUUUGUCUCUGCACAAUCCCUGACGAUGUCGGAAAAUGGCAAGAGGGUGCCUUUUUUGAAGCCCAGGACGAGGCUCUCUGCCGAUGAUCGUUCAAAGCUGCGACUGCCAGACGUGUCAAGGCGCAAGGUGGCCUUGGACUUCUCAAGCAGCGAUGCCGCCGCAACGAAGGUGGUCUUGAUCGAUGAUGAUGAAGCUGCCAAGUCCAGAGCCGAGAAUGCUGUGAGCGCUAUUCUGCAGCAGAUCGACUUCAUCGUCUCGGAGUCCAUGGGCUUCUUUGGCCCAGUGGAGGACCUUUCGUAUGGGAACUCAGCGCUAUACUCCUCCCUCGAGGUGCUCCACCUGCUCCCAGUGCCUGAGCCACCGGAGCUCUCGCUGCUCCAUGAGGAGCUGGGCGCCAGCUGCGCCAGUGUGGCGCAAGAGUUCCCCCAAAACAUCGUACCGCCCGAGCGCCGUGCAGACACUACCUCCGCAGAGACCGGGACGCUUCGGGCCAAAGCGGUGCGGAUCCGCGGAAGCCCGGACUCGGCCUACCCCUUCAUGAAGGGAGGUGACAAGAUGCCUGAGAUCAGCACCACCAUGAAGCAAGAGAUGCUAGUUGCAGACCCGGGUGGGAUCGAGGAGUAAGAGCUUUCAGUCCGUCAGAUUGAACGGAGAGGUUCGAUCCACCGUGGAGCCCAGAAACCAAAUCGAUGUAUAUAUUGUCUUCUGCCGGUUCGAG